CGUUCUGCGCAUGUGCAUAGUAGCAUGUGAGCACAGGGAGGCAAAAACGGCUGCUGGAAAAAUAUGGCAAAAAUGUAAAGGUUGGCCAUCUGUGUGAUGGAUAACGCGUUUUGUCGUCUUUGAGCGUAAGGCUGUAGAUUAGAGAUAUAAGGAUGAAGGUGGCAGUAGAAGGCUGUUGUCAUGGAGAGCUGGAUAAGAUCUACGAGAGCAUCAGUUACCUGGAGAAUAAAGAAGGAGUGAAGGUGGAUCUGCUGCUCUGCUGCGGAGACUUCCAGGCUGUCAGAAAUGAAGGCGACAUGAAGUGUAUGGCAGUGCCUGCCAAAUACAGACACAUGCAAACUUUCUACAAGUACUACACUGGUGAGAAAAAGGCUCCUGUCCUGACGAUUUUCAUUGGUGGAAACCAUGAGGCAUCAAACCAUCUGCAGGAGCUUCCAUAUGGAGGCUGGGUGGCCCCCAACAUCUAUUACCUAGGUUAUGCUGGUGUUGUACGCUUUAAAGGUGUACGGAUCGGCGGUCUUUCGGGGAUAUUUAAAUCCCACGAUUACAAGAAAGGACACUUUGAGUUCCCGCCAUACAGCCCGGAAACCUUGCGCAGCGUGUACCACAUAAGGAACAUUGAUGUCUUCAAGCUUAAACAGAUCAAGAUGCCAAUAGACAUCUUCAUGACGCACGAUUGGCCAAGAGGCAUUUAUCACUACGGUAACACAAACCAGCUUCUCCGCAAGAAGAAGUUUCUCAGACAGGAAGUGGAGAGCGGUAUCUUGGGCAACCCUGCUGCUGCAGAGCUUUUAGACCACUUGCAGCCGAACUACUGGUUUUCAGCUCACCUCCAUGUGAAGUUUGCUGCAAUGAUGCAGCACAAGGCUAAGAAUAAUGCUGCCCCAAAGAUCACCAAGUUUCUCUCACUUGACAAGUGUCUUCCACAUAGAGACUUUCUUCAGAUUGUGGAGGUGGCAGACAGACCUGGCUCAUCUGCAAACCUUGAGUAUGACCCAGAAUGGCUAGCCAUCUUGAAAGCGACAGACAGCCUUCAGAAACCAUCCUGCAAUUUCUGGAACCCUCCACAAGACAAUGGACUACACACCCGGUGGGAUUUCAGUGCAUCAGAGGAAGCUAUGAUGGAGGUCGUGGGUGAUUUGAACGGUGACCUUUGCAUCCCUGAAAAUUUCAGCCUGACGGUGCCUGCCUAUGACCCCAACCACCCUCAACCCAACACCGACCCAGCCUAUUCCACCAAUCCCCAAACUACAGAGCUGUGUGCCACCCUCAGCCUGACAGACAUCUACAUCCUGGCUGGGCAGAGUGAGCAGGUUUAUGCAGAGGAAGGUGCCACAGGUGCGACUGAAGAAGAGGAGGAUGAGGACAGCACAGGGAGCGUAGACGAACCCAGCGAGUACCCCACCGACACCUCCGGCCUCUCCAGCUCCUACAACCCUGAUGAAAUCACCAUCGAGGACGAAUGGGUGGAGGAAGAGGAUGAGGGAGUAGGAUGUGCCGAGGAGAAAGGGACAGACGCAGUGGUUCCAGAAGGGCAGGUGGGGAGCCAGGACAGUGAUAGAGACAGCAGUCCCCAACGAGAGACGACUAAUAGACUGAUCUUACCACCCCCGUGUGCUGCACCAGAAUCGGAGGCUCCACUACGCUCUUUGCAACCUCUAUGUCUCCCACCUCCUUCAGCAUCCCUCUCUCAGGGCAGCUCAGAAGAAGAGGGAGGCUUCACACCAGCCAGGGUUCCCAAACGUACCAGCGGGGAGACGACACAGGGGGCAGCAAGUCACACAGGCGGCACACCUCAAAUCAAACGGAGAAACCAGAGUAUCUACACAGCGGUAGAGGAUGAAGAGAGCGAGGGCUAGAUAAAUGCAAUUAUAUUUUUUGAUCAGCAAAUUACUACAAAGUAUGAUCUGCCAGAUAGUGUGCUGACUCUUUUCGAGUCUGAAGAGUUAAAUGGGUUACUAGACUGAUUUAAAGGGAUGGUUCACUAAAAAAUGAAAAUUCUGUCAUUAAUUACUCACCUGAAUGUCGUUCCAAACCUGUAAGACCUUUUGUUCAUCUUCGGAAAACAAAUUAAGAUAUUUUUGAUGAAAUCCGAGUGCUUUAUGACCCUGCAUAGACAACUGACACAUUCAAGGCCCAGAAAGGUAGUAAGGACAUUGUUAAAAUGGUCCGUGUCACAUCAGUCGUUCAACCUUAAUUUUUUGAAACUACGUGAAUACUAUUUUUCUGCAAAUAAAACAAAAAUAAUGACUUUAGUCAACAAUUUCUUGUCUUCCGUGUCAGUUUGACGAACAUUCAUGAGAGUACCAUAAUGUGUGCGUGUUCAUUCCUCUGCUUGUAAACGAGGCGCACGCUUUGUGGUAUUCUCGUAGCUUCAUAAAAUUUACUUUUUUUUUAACAAUGUCCUUACUACCUUUCUGGGCCUUGAACGUGUCAGUUGUGUUGUCUAUGCAGGGUCAGAUUUCAUAAAAAAUAUCUUCAUGUGUGUUCAAAAGAUAAAAAAAAGUCUUACAGAUACGACACGAGACUGAGUAAUUAAUGACAGAAUUUUCAUUUUUGCGUGAACUAUCCCUUUAAUGUAAAUUGUGAUCUGCUUGGUAACUACUGUUUUUAAAGAACAUGUUUUUUUGUUUUGUUUUGUUUUGUUUUGUUUUGUUUUUUGCUUUGAGUAUGAGGAGUUAAAGAAAAACUAUUUUCAGAAAUGUCAAGGUUUAGAACAUUUUUUUUUUUGGUAUAUUCAAGUGUACAAAGUAACACCACAACUCAAAUUUUUAUCAUGUAUUUGUCAUUUCGUCGCCUUUGUGAUGGGUUUUAAUGAUUCAUUUAUUUCUGUUUUUUAGACAAAUAUAUCACAUUACUUAGUAAUUUACUGUCUUGGUUAUUUUAUUAGCUUUGUGGUGAUUGACUUGGCUUUGCCAUGCUGUUGUAAAUACAUCAAAGUCUAAAUAAUAAAUGAUCCUGAUGUCUUUUUUUUUGUA